AGCAAGUCGUCUCUUACUGCAGGACUGGCAUGUCAGGAAAUACAAACUAGAAGAAAAGUUGAUUUGCUUCAAGAAUCAAAAGGAAGUUAAGGAUCAAAGAUCCACCCGACACAGCGGACGUCUGCUCUGCAUCUCCUGCACGUCUCCCUUGUUUCUUUUGCGGUCUACUCUGAAUCAGCAGCCAUGGUCCUGGAGGAGAACGAGUGUGACUCCGUCUUCGAGCCCCAAAUCACUGAGGAGCAUGUGGAGACUCUGUUUGGGAACGUCCACUGCGUCAUGACUGGGACUCCAAAGGCAAACCGCCCCGUCAUCCUGACCUUUCAUGACGUUGGACUGAACCACAAGACCUGUUUUGAGACUCUGUUCAACCAUGUGGACAUGCAGGAAAUCCUCAGAAAUUUAACUAUUUGUCACGUUGAAGCACCAGGACAACAUGAGGGAGCCAAAACUCUCCCGACUGCGUAUACCUACCCUUCCAUGGACCAGCUGUCUGAAACACUGCCUGCUGUCCUCAAACACUUUGGGUUGCGUAGUGUGAUUGGACUGGGAGUUGGAGCAGGAGCCUACAUCCUGGCGCAAUUUGCUCUGAAUCAUCCAGAUAUGGUGGACGGAUUACUUCUGAUCAACAUCAACCCCAACUCUGAAGGAAUAAUGGAUAGUGUUGCAAACAAGAUCACUGAGUGGACCCACACUCUUCCAGACACAGUCAUCUCACACCUGUUUGGAAAGGAUGAGAUCCAGAACAACCACGACCUCAUUGCUACAUACCGUCACCACAUCACAACAACCAUGAACCAGUCCAACGUGAUCCAGUUCUUCCGCUCCUACAACAGCCGCAAUGCUCUGGAGGUGGAGAGGCCUGUUCCUGGAGGAAACAUCAAUGUCAGGACACUCAAGUGCACCACUCUGCUGGUCGUAGGAGAUAAUUCUCCUGUUGUGGAGGCUGUGGUUGACUGCAACUCUAAACUCAACCCCACCAAGACCACACUGCUCAAGAUGGCGGAUUGUGGAGGACUUCCUCAGGUGGAUCAGCCAGGCAAAGUGACUGAAGCCCUCAAGUAUUUCAUCCAGGGCAUGGGAUACUUGUCCAGUGCCAGUAUGACCAGACUUCGCUCACGGACAACCUCCAGCUCCAGCAUCUCAUCCUUCGAUGGCUCUCGGAGCCGCGCACACACCAACGAGCUGCACCGUGGCCGGACACACUCACAUGCCACCGAGGAGAAGCGUGGGCGCUCGCACACUGACGUCUCCAUGGAUAGCAUUUCCAACAGUAAUGUGGAACACAGCAUCUCAAAGUCCACUGAAGUGGCAUACUAGAGUGCAUCCUGCCCUAAAUCCCAUGCACUUAAUUCAAAUUAUACCUCAUUGUCUCUACCCAGCUUUAUCCUACAAGCUUCCUUUGCUUUCCCUUAUCUAUCCCUCUUCAUUUGGUAAUGCCCUUUCAAUUGCACUAACUCUAGCUGAAAGGUCACAGGACAUACCUCCAUAUGACUUUCUUGCAGCCCUCUUUUCUCUCUCUCCAUCCCACUGUAUCUGUACCUAUCCAUCAUCAAUUUAAGUAUCGUUUCCUUACCAACUCAGCCUCUUCCUUGCUUUAUCCUGCACUUGACUGUUCCUCUAUGUCUUUAACUGUAUUCGUCUUUGCUGUGUUUUCUUUCUCUCCCCGUUUAUAUAUUUGUCUUUGUCUACUUUACUUUUUUCUUCUUCUUUUCUUCCCUUUGACACUGAUCUGCUGACUUCCUCAUUCUCUGUUAAUCAUAAUGAUAAAACACUAUAUGUGGAAACUGAAUUGUAUUCUUUCGAAAUUGAGUCCUUAAGGUGUCAUGUAUUAAUCUAAAAUUCAAUGGUUCAUUCAUGUAUAAUCAUUAUGUAAAGAGACAAUAUUUCCAAGUGGGAAAACUGGAUAUUCAUAACUGUAGGAAUGUGUAUUGAUUUUAUGCAACUGUCACAGCUGUGUAUUAUUGAUAUCAGGAAUGUGUUAUGAACAUACAGUACAUUUUAGUUCACAAUGUGUUUUAAAUUGGACUUGCUUUGGGUGUUCUGUGUAUAAGCAAACGUUCAACUCAAUCCUUAAAACAGAUGACUUCAUGUAAGUGCUAUGUAAGUGCUUUCAAUCAGUGAUUAAACAUUUUACU